CCUUGUUAAUAAUUUGAUUAUUUUCAGAAGAAACUCAUCUAGGAACUCAACAUGUCUGAUGUAGAGGGAGAUGAUGUCCCCGUCGCCGCCGCCCCCGUCGUCGCAAGCGGUCCCAUGGACAUCAACACCGCCAUCGCUGAGGUUCUGAAGCAGGCGCUUAUCGCCGAUGGGCUAGCCAGAGGUCUCCGAGAAGCUGCUAAGGCUCUGGAUAAAAGACAGGCCCUGCUGUGUGUUCUAUCUGAGAACUGCGAUGAACCAAUGUACAAGAAGUUGGUUACAGCUCUCUGCUUGGAGCACAACAUCCCUCUAAUCAAGGUUGACUCUAACAUGAAGCUUGGUGAAUGGGCUGGUCUCUGCAAGAUCGACCAGGAGGGAAACGCCAGGAAGGUCGUGAAGUGCUCCUGUGCCGUAGUCAGAAACUGGGGACAGGAGACUCCUGCUCAUGACGUUCUUCAGGAAUAUUUGAAGUCUCAGCGUUGAAAGAACUCUGUGCUGCGGCGUGGACAAGAAUUAUGUUAUUGUAUUGUUAAAGACAAUAAAUUCUUGUAAAACCAUAAA